AUGGACGGCAAUGACCGUCGGCGCUCGCAGUAUGGACAGCCAUACCAGACGCAAGCGCAGUCGCGACCUUUACCAGGACAACCCGUUGGCCCCGCGUCUGGCGAGAGGUAUCCACAGCCCGCAACACCAGCGAGGAGCGACAUUGGCCGGUCUUCAAUGACGCGACCCUAUUUACCUGGUUUCCCUGGCUAUGGGUAUCAGGAGCCGCAAUAUGGUAGCUCUCAAAUGCCGGGCGGUAGUCCUUUGCAAGGAGUUGAAAUGCAAUAUCCGCCGACGUACAUGCAGGGUACCUCCAGACAGCAACAAGUGCAAGCUUCUCCGCCUCAACAUCAACAGCAGUAUGCUCAAUACGCGCAGGGUUCAAUGCUCCCUCCAGUUGGGCCUCCAUCGAUCUACGACAACGUCCCUUUUCAGCAGCGGCAGACCGCCAUUGAGGUCAUGGCGAAUCAAUUUGCCAUGCCACAAUACAUGGGGCAUGGUGAGCAUGCUGGAGUCGGCGUUGGAUCGAGUUCUUCUCAGUACGUGACAUCCCAACCGGAACAAGGCAGCUAUGGAUCUGUGGCCGUGUCACGACCCUCUCUACCUGCGUCUUACAGCACCGGACAAGUAGACUUUUCUGUAAUGGAGCAGCGGGAAGCAGAAGAGCUCAUCCCACCGAGCGGCAGUCAAGAAGCUCUCAACGAGGGGUUGAGGGAAUACCAGCAGCAGCUCAAGUCCACUUUUGACGCGAUCAUCACGGGCAGAGUGACCGACGCCAGCGAGAAAAUCCUCGUGGUCUCUCGUUGGUUGGUGAGCUCUGUUACCGCUCUUGGACUGCAUCACGAUGACGAGACGAGGCAAGCAGAGCGAAUUGGGCUUUGGCGAGAAUUCAACCUGUGCUGGGAGGCCCUGGGCCAGAAGCAGAAAGACAUUACUGAGGAAGCAUUAAGGACUCGGAGACAACCAGCAGAUGUUCUCUCUGCCGAUACUAUAAAAUCCUUGGUGGACGAACUGGUCAGUUUGUGCGACCAACUCGAGCAGUAUGGACUUGUCGACUUCGAGAUGGGGAUCUGGGAAGAGCAGAUUGUACACAUUUUCACCGUGUGCCUCGACCUUCUUCCUCAAGAUGAGACAACAACACAGACCGGCCGAGCAGGCGCCGAAACGAGUUGA